AUGGUAAGCCUGUGUUGGAAUGUGUUGGUGAGAUACUGUAAGUUGGUAAGAUACUUCAAACAUGUCAGUGAAUGUGAUGAUUUUGACAACUGUGCCAGUAACCCAUGCUAUCACGGAAAAUGCUCAGAUGGACUCCACUCAUACGAGUGUGAAUGUUACCAUGGUUACGAAGGGAAUCGAUGUGAAUCAAACGUUGACGACUGUGUGGACAACGUUUGUGAAAAUAAUGGAACCUGCGUUGACGAAGUUGGGGGCUUUUCAUGCACCUGUCCGGACCUGUUUACUGGAGAACUAUGUGAGAUAGCUGUCGUGCACGGUGGGUGGGCUGACUGGGAGGACUGGUCGACGUGCAGUGUGUCCUGUGGUGAAGGUGUGAGGACGAGAAAGCGAUCCUGUACCGAUCCGACUCCAGACAACGGAGGACGAGAGUGUGACGGGUUAGACACUCAGCAACAAAUCUGCAACGAGACCGUGUGUCCAGUGUGUAAGGAACUAGUAGCCCCGGCUGACGGGUCUGUGUCGUGUGAGAACUCCACGAUGUUCAUCAACUGCACCGUGGACUGUGACGAUGGCUUCCUCCCAGACAUAGAACCGCUCAGUUCGUACUACUGUGGGGAGCAAACCGCUUACGUUUGGAACUUCGAGACCGAACAGAAUCCUCACAGACGUCUUCCUUUCUGCUCAAAGACCUACACGGCUAAUACGUUAUCUGCCACUUACAACAUCAAAUAUCGAGACCUGCGUUGUGGCGAGAAUGAGGCUUCCGCGUCCAUCGUGCGAGAUCUCGUGACGCGUGUGCUGCAGUCAGACGUUACCUGUGUAAGAGACGGGAAUUGUGAUAUUGAUGACGUCAGUGUCGGAUGUUCUGAAUCGGCCCGAGAAAAACGAGACGUGUCUGACGACAACAUGGGCUUCACUGUAACACUGAGGAACAAUGUUGUGAUUCCAGAGACUGCUGCUUUACUAGAGUCCGCCAUGCGUGCUCUUCAAGACAACGCUCAAGUGGGGAGUUUCACCGUCAACAUCAGCGGAGUCGUGUACUACGUUGACGUCAACCAGACAGAUGUGUAUGGAGACGUCACCUGUCCACAAGGAAUGGCCAGCUACAGCUACUUCUGUGUGCCGUGUGGUCAGGGUUCGUUCCUGUCGCACGGCUCGUGCAUGCUGUGUGGAAAUGGCGCGUACCAAGACAAGACCGGACAGACCAUGUGUGAGCAGUGUCCAGUCGGAUGGACAACGGACAGCUUGGGUUCUAGACGGGCUUCAGACUGCACAGUUCAACGACUUCCAGAACCUGCAUUAACAACAAUAGAUGCUCUUGCAAUAGCAGGUCCUGUGACUGCUGUGGUGGCAGUUGGUGUUAUAGUAAUCUUCCUCAUCGUCAGACGAUUCACUCGACGAAAAUCAGUAACACGUCCAAACACUCCAGCCAACGACUUGGAUCCACUGCCUCCUACACCGCGUGUACAGAUCCCAAGGCCUCAGUUUGAGGUGGGUGGACUCGAGUUGUAUCAACUGCCCUCUGUAAUGGAUCCGCAGAUCGCGAAACCUCGGUUUGAAAAGGAUGGAUAUGAGCCGAAACCAAUCCCCGCCUGGAUGGACACUAACUUAAACUCACUACAAUACCAACAGAAAAUCAGCAUGCCUCCGCUGUCAACAGCCCUGAAUCAAUGAGGAGGUGCCAGACGUUGAACUGUACAUUAGAAAACAAACAGGCUGUGAUGAAUAUUUUGUAUUUAAGCAUGAACUCAAUGGACUUGUUGCUUCUGUAGUGUGGUCGUAUACCCAUUUUAUACAAGUGUGUAUCAUAUAUACGUACCUGAUUCCAUAUAACCGACAACUGAAAUGUGUUGAGUGCGUUGUUAAAUAAAACAUGUCAGUACACA